UCUCUGCACUCUGGACGCUGGCUGCUGCCGCCGCUGCCACCAUGAAAACUCAUUACUUUCUCCUGGUGAUGUUAUUUUUUCUCUUCUCCCAGAUGGAGCCAGGUGCUGGUAUUCUCACAAGUCUUGGCCGCAGAACAGACCAAUACCGAUGCCUCCAACAUGGAGGAUUCUGCCUCCGCUCCAGUUGCCCUUCUCAUACCAGACUACAGGGAACCUGUAAACCAGAUAAGCCCAACUGUUGCAGGAGUUGACAGUGAUUUGAAGAAUGAACAUAAAAGACAAGUGAGGGAUAAACCAUUAGUAUUUUAAUAAAAGAAAUGUUUUCAAAGCCUAUUUAUAUCAGAUCAAAAUGAAUUCCAUGUCUCAGUUUAGAAGAGGUUUUUAAAAGUGUAAGGCUGAAGUACAGGGAUUAGAACAAGAGGUUGGAAAAUCCAGAGCACCUGCCUGGCCCUGAGUAAUGAUGGUCACAAUUUGAGUGGUGUCACUUUUAUUUGAUUUUUUAUCACCAAACUAUAAGCAUCCAGUGCAGGAAGGUCACACAGAAUUUUAUAGUGAUCACAGCUAUCAGAUCUCCUGGGGCCAAACAGGAUACUCUUCCAUGUUCUCAGCAGUCAGUUAAGUGAGGUUCCAUCUGCAGAUCCAGGACCGAGGUCUCUUCUUACAGGGUUUAGGGCAGUAAUAAGUUGACCUUAGUAUCAGAGCCUCAUUUAAACUGUAAAUUGUCCCAUCAAAGGUCCUCCUUCGUGGGUAUUGGCUGGAUUCCCAGAUCAGCAAUUUAAAAAAUAUUUAUGCACAGCUUUCAAGCCUAGCUGUCUAUCACACAUCUGUGUUAGGUCUGGGCCUUCUGUGGUUCAAGUCAUCUCACUGCUGUGUCUACAGAUGCCCACAAGUGGACAAAAGCAGCCAUACAGUCAGUUUUCCCCAAAAAUUCGUUUCCAUCUCCUGAUGGCACACAUAAUGCUGUUGUUUUCUUAAUCUGCCUCUGACACUUUAUCAUCUACUCUUGGCAGGUAGAAGAUAAAUAAAGGGCACUUGUGGCUCUAUUCCUCAGGCCAAAAUGAAAGUCCCAUUGCAAAAAGAAUUUAUUUAGCAGUCCACAGUAAUAUUCAUCGAUGAGAUGAUCUUUUCUGUAGAGAAAAGCUGAAUAAGAAAGAUGCUAGCAUUGGAGAGGACAUUGACUGGACUCAAACAUACUCAGUAAUACAGACACAGUGGUUUAAAUCCAUGCCUUUAAUCUCUUCCUUUAUAUAUAUAUACAAAUACACACACACACACACACACACACACACACACACACACAUAUACACACACUUUGAUCUAUUAACUAGCCAAAGUUUGCAUAUAUAUGAACACAUACUUUUGUCUGUUAACUGAUAUAAACCAUAUGUUUCUGGUUUUUUGUCUGAGAAAUUAUCUUCUCAUACAAAUGUGAAAUGAAAUUAAAGAGCCAAAGAGCAAGUCUUUGAGACUACUUAUAUUGACGAGAAAUAAACACCAUAGCAGAUCAUUACAAUGGAAAUAGAAAGCAUUGUAAUGGGAACAGACAAGGUGUGGCAAACCUUGGGCAUGUUGAAGAGGGUGAAGCCGAGGGAAGAUUUCACAAAUAAAAACAAGGAAAAUUACAUCAAACAGUUCUGGGAAAAUAAAUUUUGGUGGCAAUGAGCAACAAGAGUGGUCAGAACCCAGCCUUGAACACAGGAUUGCUGGCAGUUGUCCUUUCAUAGAAGGCCCCUCUGAAGAGUGCUGUGAUGGUUCAGAUGGUCACUAUGAGAGUCUAUUACGGUGAUUAAAAGCAGGUUUGUGACUGAGAACUUUCCCAUGACCUUCUGAUUUCACUUGUAUUUUGGUACGGUUGACAGAAGUGACUUAGUGACUUUUUAACUCUGACAACUAUCACAUUCUUCAUAAACAAUUAAAGCAAGAAUUGUGACAUCUUCUUUUUUAAUAUCACUCCCAAGACUCCAUACUACACAAUUCCACAGAUGGUCCCUGGGUGAGGCCAUUCUGAAUUUUACAUGGAUUCUCUUUUCCAUUUCAGUAGCCACACCCAACUCCACUUUGGCAGUCGCGUGUCGCUACUUGGUUUCUCACACCCUAGAACCAGUCAGCCUUGUCACAUAUUGGUUUCCAAAUUUAGUGGCCACAGUUCCCACCAUGGGUUCUGAUCUACAACAAAGGAAAAUGUUUGGCUCACUAAGGAUACUUUGGCAACCUUCACAACCUGUUUCUCAUAGCCAUGGUGAAGAGACUGUCCUCUGGAUCCUUCUAGUGUGAGUGUGUAGAGUGAGUAGAGAAGUAUGGGUCCAUUAGAGUUGCAAAUCCGUGUUCAUAUUCCAAUAACUCUAAGCCUCUUAACUCCUACCCUCCCAUUAAACCAGGAAAAAAAAAAUCAUGUUUCCAAUUUGCUUGUAUUUUAUCCACUUGUUUCACACAGUUAAAGUCCUCUCAGCUUCCUAAGUUAUGGUAAACAAAAUCUCUGCUUCUUAGGCUAAUGGAAAUAUAUCUGGAGGGGUCUAACGUGUUUACUUCAUGAUCCUAUUCCUCCAGCACCUCUUUGGACACAUAUUUCCCUCACAUUUGUUUGUAUGGAAUAGAAAAUUGAAGUGACUUAUUUGAAGAAUGGUAUGUUCCUCAUGGGUGAUGUUCUCUGCCUGGCCUCUAGUGUUCUGUGGUAACUAGUCUCAUGAUACAUCUAGAAUGAAAGAGAGGGAGGAAAUAUGCCUAAGAAAUGCAGCCAGAUCUUACAAGCUAUCUGACUUAGAAGGUGUAGUCACCAUUUCCUCAAGAACAUCAUUGCUGACUUUUUCUCAGGUGAGUGGCAGCAUUUGUUCCUGUCAUAUAGAUGACCAGAAUUAGUUCAGUGUCUCCGGCUUCAUGGGGACGUUGGUACAAGCACGUACUGUACCUUUAGGAAGACUGUCCAUUUCUAUUCGUUCUCUAGUAGAAACAGUAAACACGCUGUGAGUCUGGAAAUUCAUCUUACAUUGUCCUCUGGCUCCUCCUGGGAUGAGGUUCUGCAUCUGGUUUUCAUAAAUUACAAACUAAAAAGUAUCAGAUAAAACAUCAAUCUAAACUGGAUUAAAUACUUAAAUAUGAAAUAUCAAGCUCUAAAUUUACUUUUAAAUGCUCCAUAAGUCUGAACAAUGGUUUCUUAUGCAUGACCUUAAAAUAUAGAUUGCAAUUUUAAAAAAAUAGUAAACGGUUAUUUUGAACAAUUGGAGUAGCAAAAGACAGAGAGACAGAGAACACAAAGAGUAACAGAAAGUGUUUCCAAAUCAUACAUAAAGGUGGCAUAACACCACAUUAUCAAAGUAGCUACAACAACUAGGUAGAGCAACAAAAGCUAAUUGAAAAUUGACUAAUUAGGGCUUAAGAGAGGGGUCAGUAGUUUAGAACACUCCAAGAGGACCUGCAUUCGCCUCCCAGCGCCUAUGUGGCAGCUCACAACAGUUUGUAACUCUAGUUCCACAGACCCAGGGAGGGGAAAAAGUGUCCUCUUCUGACCUUCUGGAAGCACCAGGCACCACACAUGGUACUCAGACAUAUAUCCAGGCAAAACACUCAUGGACUAACAUAAAAUAAAUAAAUAAAUAUUUAAAAAAUCAGCACAGCAGGGCCGGAGUGAUGGCUCAGUAUGUAAGACUUUCCUAUGCAAGAAUGAAGGCUUGGGUCUGGAUCAUGAGUACCCCAUGUGAAAAAAAGCCUUGAGCCUCCACAUGUGCUUGUAACCACAGCUCUGUAGGGAAGAGACAGAAGGAGUUCUGGAGAUUGCCACCUGUCUUGGUUACUUUUCUAUCGAUGUGGUAAGACAUCAUAACCAAUGAAACUUAUAAAAGAGUUUAAUUUGGGACUUACAGUUUCACAAGGUUAGAGUUCAUGGCCAUCGUGGCUGGAGCAUGGCAUCAGGCAGGCAUUUCACCAAGCAUGGUGCUGAAACAGUAGCUGAGAGCUCACAUCUUGACACUCAACCUCAAGGCAAAGAGAGAGACAGUGGGAAUGGCGUGAGUCUUUUGAAACCUCAACUCCUGCCCCAGUGAUGAAGCUCCUCCUGCAAGGCCACACUUUCUAAUCCUUCCCAAAAAGUUUGACCAACUGGGGAACAAGUACUCAAACCUGGGAGCAAUCCUCAUUCAAACCACUACACUAGCCUAGCUCUAGGUAAGGGACAGACUCUGUUUUUGAGGAAUA